UCGAGAAACAUUUAUUUAGCCUGGCCCUUCUCCAACCAAUGAUGGCAGCAUUCAAAAUGGCGGCCUCAGCAAAAGUCGUGAAUAUCCAUCCGGUAGUUUUAUUCAGCAUUGUUGACUCUUUCGAGAGGCGGACAGAUGAAUCAGCACGUGUAAUCGGAACUUUACUUGGUACGAGUAUUCAAGGAGUUGUUGAAGUCACAAAUUGUUUCUGUGUGCCUCACAAUGAAUCAGAAGAUGAGGUGGCUGUGGACAUGGAGUUUGCCAAAAACAUGUUUGAGUUACAUAAAAAGGUGAACUCGUGGGAGAACAUUGUAGGAUGGUAUGCAACAGGUAGGGAAAUCACAGGUCACUCGGUGCUGAUACACGAUUACUAUUCCAGGGAAUGCCAAAACCCGAUACACGUCACAGUCGAUACGACGAUGGCAGACCUCAACAUGUCAGUCAAGACAUGGGUUAGGCAAAACAUGGGCGUUCCCGACAAGUCGCAAGGCACCGUCUUCAUCCCAAUUCCAAAGAAAAUUGCCUUCCAUCAACCAGAAAAAGUAGCAAUGGAUGCCUUCAUAAGAGAGACGGAUCCCAACAGGAAAACCAUCGAGUUGACGACCGAUCUACAGUACGUAUCUAAGGCCUCGGGUAAUCUUCAAGAGAUGUUAACUAGAGUGCUCCAGUACGUUGAUGAUAUUCUGACUGGGAAGACUUCGGCUGACAACCAGAUUGGCAGAUUCCUGAUGAAUCUGGUAUCCAACGUUCCUAAGCUCCAACCUGAAGAGUUCGAUCAGAUGCUCAACAAUAGUAUGAAGGAUCUCCUAAUGGUUGUCUACUUAUCCGGUCUGAUAGAGACACAGCUCACCCUCAAUGAAAAGCUUACCUUAUCAAAAGCAGCGAAUUCAGUUUAGGGUGUCAUAUUUUCGAGGGGUAAGGGAAGGGUGGGGGGGUUCAAAUCUUUAUAUGGACUGUUAUCUUCGAGGACCACUCUUCAUAACCUGGGACCGUUUCAUGAAAGUUGUCAGCACUGACAGGAUGUCUUUCUCCGACAGUUACCAUAGUAACAGUCGGAGGGCAGAGCUUCUCAGCCAAUCAAAAGCAAGGAUUUCACUGACAUAGUCAGCACUGACAAUUUAGAUAGUGCUGACAACCCCCGUGCAGAUCCAGGCAGUUUGGACACAAUAGCUAUGAGGGGCUGACUAUUGUGCAAAAACAAUAUGGCCCCUUAAAUGGUAUUGUGUCUAAUCCGGCCAUAAUGUGACGUAAUGACUUAAAACAAUGUAGAGGUAAACCUGUAUAAGAUGACCUCCCAUACGCUGAAUAAGUCAAAUUUUUUAUACCAGGACCCGUCUUACAAAAGGUUGCGAUUGUUCCGAUCAAUCGCAACUGUGGACGGCCAGCAACGUCAACAUGUACUAUGCAUGCUUGUUCAAAAUAUUUUCUAGCUAUGAUGUAUAUGCAUGCAUUAAUUGUUUACGUACAAAUUCACUGUGCUUCUCUUUGUUUUCAAAGGAAUUGUGCAAAUUUCCUGUAGAAAAAUUCACGACACUGAUGGAUUGCCACGAUUGAUAACUCUUUGUAAGACGGGCCCCAGAUUAUGCAAAACAUUUGUUUUCAUUAUAACUCUUCUCAGCAGGCAAAAAUUAAUUUUUAAUUUUCCGGGGCUACUAUUGACAACCUUUUGCCUAAAUUUGUAACAUUGCUGUGAAUAGGAAUUUUCCACGGCUCUUAUAUUUUCCAAGGCUCAUUUGAUCAUUUUGGGGCGAAGUCCCCGUGUAAUUUUUUUCCCGUUUCCAAGUCAAAUUUCCCCCAAGUCCAACAGAUUUGUAAAGUCACAAGAGAUAUGAAUGAGGCAGGUUCAUCUGUAUGUAUUUGUUUUUCAUAGGGGCAAAAUAUUCACCGUGACUGCUUUCGGUAAUCGUUUCUGAAUGUGCCAUGUCUUGAAUAAUAGCAGGGAUGCUAUUCAGAAUCUAAAACGGCAGCUUUUCCACAUUGCCCAGUGUAUUGGCUAUGCCUUUUGGAAAGCAUGGAUGUUGUAAAGUCUGAAACGUCACAACAAUAGAUAUCCAAGAUAUAGAACCCCUCAAAAUCAAGUUUAUUAGAAUUCAGUUUGUUUCAUUUUGAAAUAUGAAAUUGAAAGUUGCUUAUAUUUCUUCUUGAAUAAAACAAAAUAAGAUGUUCAAGAUAUCAAACUCCCAAUAGGUUAUGAACUUUUUUUUUCUCAUUGUCUUUUGUUUAUUGUCAAAUUUGAAAUGGAGUUGCAAACUUUUUAUUUUGAAACCCAAAGUGUCCACUCAAUUGAAGACUUUAAUUUAGGAUAGUGUUGAAUUAAAUCCUCUAUAUCAUUGAUUAUGUAUAAAAAUUAGCACAAGAUUUGAUUUCAUGAAAUUAUAUGUAAAAAUAAAUGAAAUAGCUUUCAGUUAUGUUUUUCACCUUGUGAAAAGCCUUUGGAGGUGAUAUUUUCCUACAUUUUUUGCUUCAUGACACUACCCUACUUUAACAAAAGAAAGCAAGCAAGAAAGAAAAAUGAUUUCCUUUAAAUUAGCAAAAUUAGUAUGGGAUUCACAUAGACACCUAUGCAUUAGCAUGGUGUUUAACCAGCCAUGUCUUACUGUAGGAUCAGUGUUAUUCUAUGAAGUUUGACCAGGAAGAAAAACAUGAAUUUGUUAAAGGUCAAGUCCACCCCAACCAAAAAUUGUAUGAAAUGUACAAAACUUUCAGAGUUUACCAAGAGGAAACUCUCCAAUGAAUCAGAAUAGGUUACAACAAUGGUAGUUAUACACUGUCAGGGCAAAAUCAAACUCAGUUUCACAUUACAAAUGGAUAAAAUUGUAACUUCCAUUUUCAUAUAACAAAAUACAAAUGAAAUAGUGAGUGGGUGAUAUCAGUUCCCUCAUUUGCAUACUGACCAGAAUGUGCAGAUAACUGUUUUGUAAAAUUAGGCAAAACUUCAUUAAUGUCAUUUCUUUCUUAUUUCACAUUUACCAUUGUUAUUUUUUUUAAAUUUUUCCCUUUUCAUUGAAGUCAACAUUUUCUUGGGGUGUACUUGGCAUUUAAAAGUCAAAUUUUGGCUCUUGUCUUUAGGUUCCCUUUGUCAAAUAGGGCAGUAUACUGAUUGUUCACAUAUUGUGUUCUUGUGAUUUUUUUUUUGUAAUCCCCCAAAAUGCAAAUUUCUGUACUAGAUAUUCCAAGAUAUGUUAUUUAUUAUGUCAUUGAAUCCAUGAGACAGUUAAAAAUAAAUAUCUUUGACAUAGAACUUCAA